UUUCUGUCAAGAGAAGAAAGAACCACAACAGCCAGUAGCUAGAUUUGAGAGAGAUCUUGCUUAAUAAUUUAGCAGCCAUGGCAGACAACAACAACCUCACAAUCGACCCAAGAAGCGGGUUUUGCAAAUCAAACUCUGUUUUCUACAGCAAACGCAAGCCAAUCCCACUCCCACUAACUGACUUCCUAGACGUCACCACCUUCAUAUCCUCCCGUCCUCACCACGGCAAAACAGCCUUCAUCGACGCAGCUACCGGCCGCCACCUCUCCUUCAAAGACCUAUGGAAAGCAGUAGAUUCCGUUUCCACUUGUCUCUACGACAUGGGAAUCCGCAAAGGCCACGUCAUCCUCUUACUUUCUCCGAACUCCAUCUUCUUCCCCAUCGUUUGCCUCUCCGUCAUGUCUUUAGGCGCUGUAAUUACCACCACUAAUCCUCUCAACACUCCUCGUGAAAUCGCUAAACAAAUUGCCAACUCGAAACCUUCACUCGCUUUCACUACUCCUGAACUCCUUGCCAAACUCACCGAGUCAAACUCAAACCUCACCAUCAUCCUCAUAGACGAUGGGAUCACUGAUGCCUCCACUAAAACAAACGCCAAAAUUGUGACAACAUUAAGUGAAAUGGUAAAAAAAGAACCAAGUGGGAUCCGAGUUAGAGAGCAAGUCAACCAGGAUGACACAGCGACGCUACUCUACUCUUCAGGCACAACAGGAGAAAGCAAAGGUGUGGUGUCCUCACACAAGAACUUAAUCGCUAUGGUACAAACGAUUGUUGAACGGUUCAGAUUAAACGAAGGAGAUCACAAAUUUAUCUGUACGGUCCCGAUGUUUCACAUCUACGGUUUAGCAGCGUUUGCCACAGGAAUUCUGGCAGCAGGGUCAACGGUCAUCGUUCUCUCAAAAUUCGAAAUGGGGGAGAUGUUAUCGACGAUUGUGAAAUACCGGGCCACUUAUUUACCACUCGUGCCGCCGAUACUAGUAGCGCUGAUCAACGGGGCUGAUCAGUUACGGGAGAGGUAUGAUUUGAGUUCGUUGAAUUUUGUUUUAUCAGGCGGAGCUCCAUUGAGUAAGGAAAUGGUUGAAGGGUUUUCGGAGAAGUAUCCAGGGGUUACGAUUUUACAAGGUUAUGGGCUCACUGAAUCGGCGGGGAUUGGUGCUUCGACGGAUACGUUGGAGGAGAGUAGGAGGUAUGGCACGGCAGGGCUAUUGUCGCCAAACACGGAGGCCAAGAUUGUGGACCCGGAGAGUGGUAACGCUUUGCUGGUGAACCAGACCGGUGAGCUUUGGCUUCGAGCUCCUUCUGUCAUGAAAGGUUACUUUAGUAACGCUGAAGCUACUUCAUCAACUAUCGAUUCAGAGGGAUGGUUAAGAACAGGAGAUCUCUGCUACAUUGAUGAUGAUGGCUUCAUUUUCGUGGUUGAUCGGUUAAAGGAGCUGAUUAAAUACAAGGGUUAUCAGGUCCCUCCGGCAGAACUAGAGGCAUUGCUACUAACUCACCCAGAGAUUUCUGAUGCUGCUGUAAUACCGUUUCCUGACGAGCAGGUCGGGCAGUUCCCCAUGGCUUACGUGGUAAGAAAAGCUGGAAGUAAAUUAUCCGAGAAAGCUGUCAUGGAUUUCAUAGCAGGACAGGUGGCGCCAUACAAAAGAAUUCGGAGAGUCGCAUACGUUGCUGCCAUACCUAAGAAUCCGUCUGGCAAGAUUCUCCGAAAGGAUCUUAUCAAGCUCGCAACCUCCAAGCUCUGAAUGGUUUAGGCUUAUGCAAGCAAGAUCAUAGGAAGAGCAGGCGUACAUAUGGUCAAUUAUAAUGUUCGUGUUUAUAUAGCUGUUCUUGAGCUCUGAUAAGACUUCGUCCGUAUGUUUAUGUGCUUAAUAAGAGUUGUGAUCCUUUCUUGUUUUAAUGUAAUUGGAUUAAAUACAAGUUCAGGGUAUACAAGCUCCAGACUGUGUCAUUGGGUAGUCUGUAACUGAAUGAUUUAUAUGUCCAUUGAUUUUCCUGUUGUGUAAAAAUAGGAUAUAAGUAUGUAAAGAGACAAAUGAAAGAAAAAGCUAAAUGGUGUGUUGAUUUUCCUGUUGCCA